AUGUCCGAUUUGAUAUCUUCGCUUUACCCGCCGCCUCCGCCGUAUUUGCAGUUUUUUACCGCCGAAAACGUCAAGCGUGCGGAAGAGAUCCGCCAAUCGCACGGUGCUGAUGCCGAAACCGUUCUUGCUGACACAAAAGACCUAAAGUUCCUUGUUCCUCCUCUUCCCCCAAACAAGCCCCAGUACCGGUCGUUCGGCGAUAUCUGGAACUUUGAGGACAAAUUCAUCACGCUUGAGGAGUCCGGAAUCCAGCAGUUGUACGACGAGGCCAAGGGAGUCGAAGAAGAAACGUUCACGCAGGACCGUAUUGAAGAGCUCAAGAAAAUGACAAAGUCUCUACUGUUGAACUUUCUCGAGUUCACCGGACUCCUUGCGAAAAACCCCACCGUUGCACAGACCAAAAUCGAGCAUAUCCGUAUCAUUCUGAUCAACCUCCACCAUCUGCUCAACAGCUACCGCUUGCAUCAGUCCAGAGAAGGGUUGAUCCUUAAAAUCGAGGAAAAGAUCAGAAACGACACAGAAACCAUCGAAAAAAUCGAAAAAACGUGCAAACAGGUUGAGCAAACCAUCCAAUCGCUCGUCUGGAAGGACACCCAGUCGAACAUGGACGAAAUCGAGAUCGACCGUCCAGAGAAACCGCCAACUCGUAAACAGCUUGUGGAGAAAAUGAAGCAGAGUAUCCAGGACUCGUGA